CCUCUCGUGUAAACUUACGUAUUACGGUCCCACGUGUGAAACUGUACGCCAUGAAUUUAUGUCUGUAAAAGCUACAAAGUGCUAAUAAUUCUCCAAAAAUGUUGUUUGGAAAAGAAGUGCCAUGGCGGCGUUUGGAGGGCAUGUCGUUUGGGAUGUACACGGCCGAAGAGAUAAGGAAGUUGAGUGUGAAGGCUAUCACGAACUUCAGGUUCCUGGAUGGUGUUGGGAAUGUGGCCCCAAACAGCCUGUACGAUCUGGCUCUGGGACCAGCAGACACCAAAGAGGUGUGUUCAACCUGCUGUCAGGAUUUCAACAAUUGCCCAGGCCACCUUGGACACAUAGAGUUACCUCUACCUGUAUACAAUCCAUUGUUCUUUGAUAAACUCUACCUGCUGAUUCGGGGCUCGUGUCUAGUGUGUCACAUGUUAACGUGUCCCCGAGCUGCCAUGCACCUGCUGCUGAACCAACUCAAGUUAUUGGACCACGGAGCCUUGCAGGAGGUCUACCAGAUCGAGCAAGUUCUCAACCAGUUCCUGGAGGAGAAUGCCAAAGCUACUGGUGAUGAGAUUGUAAAUGUGCUGCGGGAGUUUACAGACGCGAUACUUGGAGUGAAUGCAGGAAGUUCAGAGAACACCAAACCGAUUAAGCACUUGGUUGAAAAGAAGGGCAGUCUGAUAAAUGACUUCUGGAAGGUCCAAAUGAAAACCAGGAAGUGUCCUCACUGCGGUUGUGGCAGGUCUACAGUGCGCCGUGAACACAACAGCAAGCUGAUUGUCACGAUGCCAUCAGGAGCACAAACCAGUGAAAAAACUGCAGAGCUGAUGGCUGGGAAGAGAGUCUACAUGACUGCCAGUACUGCUCGAGAGCACGUCAGCAAUUUGUGGGAAAAAGAAGGUUUCUUCCUGAAGUGUCUGUUCUCUGGGCUGGAGGAGGGCAUGGGGUCAAAAGAAGGAGGAAGAGUUUUCUACCCUGACCUCUUCUUCCUGGAGCUGCUUGUGGUCCCACCAUGCAGGUAUCGCCCAAUCAAUCGCCUGGGUGACCAAAUGUUUACUAACGGUCAGACAGUCAACAUGCAGGCUGCCAUGAAGGACUGUGACAUCAUAAAGAAACUCCUGGCUUUCAUGGCUGGUGAGAAGAACACUGAGCAGACAGAGGCCGUCGAAGAGACAGACCAGUCCUUUCUGUCCGGGAUCGUCGGAACGACUUUAACAGAUAAACUGUACAACAUGUGGAUCCGCCUGCAGAGCCACGUCAACGUCGUCUUUGACAGCGACAUGGACAAACUGAUGACAGAGAAGUACCCUGGAAUCAGACAGAUCCUUGAGAAGAAAGAUGGAUUAUUUCGGAAACACAUGAUGGGCAAACGAGUGGACUACGCUGCAAGAUCUGUCAUCUGCCCAGACAUGUACAUAGGCACCAACGAGAUAGGAAUACCUAUGGUUUUUGCCACCAAGCUGACCUACCCUCAGCCAGUCACUCCCUGGAAUGUGAAGGAGCUUCGUCAGGCUGUUCUCAACGGGCCUGACGUCCACCCCGGAGCCUCCAUGGUGAUAAACGAGGACGGCAGGAAAACCAUCCUAUCGCCUGCCUCCUUUGCACAGAGGGAAGCGGUGGCCAAGCAGCUGCUGACGCCCUCUCCAGGUCCACAUAAGAUGCCCAUGAAGAUCGUGAAUCGGCACAUAAAGAAUGGGGAUGUUUUGCUACUCAACAGGCAGCCGACUCUGCACAGACCCUCUAUCCAAGCCCACUGUGCACGCAUCUUACCAGGAGAGAAGGUACUGAGGCUCCAUUACGCCAACUGUAAAGCGUACAAUGCCGACUUUGAUGGUGAUGAAAUGAACGCUCACUUCCCUCAAAGUGAGCUGGGCAGAGCAGAGGCCUACAUGUUAGUCAGCACCGACCAGCAGUACCUCGUCCCCAAGGAUGGUAAACCUUUAGCAGGGCUGAUCCAGGACCACAUGGUAUCAGGAACAAGGAUGACAAUCCGAGGGUGUUUCUUCACUAAAGACCAGUACACUGAGCUGGUGUACAGAGGGCUCACGGACAGACCGGGCAGAGUGAAGAUGCUUCCUCCGGCCAUCCUCAAACCACAGCGGCUAUGGACUGGAAAACAGGUGGUGUCGACCAUCCUGCUGAAUGUAAUCCCACAGAAGGCUGUGCCUCUCAACCUGGUUGGCAAAUCAAAAAUUCCCAGCAAGGCGUGGAUCCAGGUCCCACCACGAGCCACUCCAGGGUAUCAGUCUGAUAGCAUGUGUGACUCCCAGGUGGUGAUUCGUCAGGGGGAGCUGUUAGUCGGGGUUCUGGACAAAGCUCAUUAUGGCUCCUCAGCUUACGGUUUGGUCCACUGCUGCUAUGAGCUGUAUGGAGGAGAGACCAGCGGCAAACUGCUCAGCUGUCUGGCUCGACUCUUCACUGCAUACCUGCAGCUAUACAGAGGCUUCACUCUGGGUGUGGAGGAUAUCCUGGUACAACCAGGUGCCAACAAGCGGAGAAAAAAAAUCAUUCAGGAGUCGCUGAAGAUUGGAACCAAAGCCCUCCAGGCAGCAUUUAAUCUGCCCUCCAGUGUGGAUCAAGCUGAGGCUCAGAGUCGCUGGCAGGAUGCUCACCUCAACCCAGACCAGAGAGACUUCAGCAUGGCUGACCACAAAUUCAAGGAAGUGGCCAACCAAGUGAACAAUGAUAUCAACAAGGUGUGCAUGCCACUUGGACUGCAUACCUCUUUCCCAGACAACAACCUCCAACUGAUGGUCCAAUCAGGAGCCAAGGGAUCUACAGUGAACACCAUGCAGAUCUCAUGUCUGCUUGGUCAGAUUGAGUUGGAGGGCCGUCGGCCUCCACUGAUGCCUUCUGGGAAAUUCUUGCCGUGCUUCCAGCCCUAUGACCCCGCACCCGGUGCUGGGGGCUUUGUUUCUGGCAGAUUCCUCACAGGCAUCAAACCACAGGAGUUCUUCUUCCACUGCAUGGCUGGCAGAGAAGGACUGGUCGACACAGCUGUGAAAACAUCGAGAUCGGGGUAUCUGCAGAGAUGUGUCAUAAAGCAUCUGGAGGGUUUGGUGGUGCAGUAUGACCUGACGGUGAGAGACAGUGAUGGAUCUGUGGUCCAGUUCCUGUACGGCGAGGACGGGCUGGAUAUCCCCAAAACUCAGUUCCUGCAACCGAGACAGUUCCCCUUCAUAGAAGACAACUAUGAGGUCAUCAAGCGGUCUCAGGGCCUGGAUGAGGUUUUGGCACAUUUAGACCCUCAGAGUGCGAGUCAGCACUUUGCUGCCAUCCAGCGCUGGAAAGCAAAGAGAGAGCUGGCAUGUCCAUGGAGAGGAGCAUUCUUGCUUUAUUCCCAGAAGAAGUUGGCAAAACUAAAACAGACUGAAGGACUGGAUCCCGUCUCCGGCAGAAAUCCUGCUGUGCUGCAGCUCGUACAACAGUGGCACUCUCUGGAUGAAGCUAGCAGAUCAAAAUACAGCAGGAAGUCCUCCCGCUGCCCGGAGCCGUCGCUGGGCCUGUUUAGGCCUGAUGUCAGCUUUGGAUCAGUAUCUGAAAACUUUCAUGACCUCACAGAGAAGUACCUGCACAGCAGAGACACUGUGAGCCAAGACAGACUGGACACUCACAGCCUUCGCCAGCUGUUGCAUUAUAAGUGGCAGCGUUCACUGUGUGACCCAGGUGAAGCUGUGGGUCUGCUGGCAGCUCAGUCCAUAGGUGAGCCCUCCACCCAGAUGACCCUCAACACCUUCCACUUUGCCGGCAGAGGAGAGAUGAACGUGACUUUGGGAAUACCUCGCCUGAGGGAGAUCCUGAUGGUGGCCAGUGCCAGCAUUAAAACGCCCAUGAUGAGUGUCCCAGUGCUCAACAACAAGAAAGCCUUGAAGAGAGUGAAGGUGCUGCGUAAGAAAUUGGCACGGGUGUGCCUGGCUGAGGUGCUGCAGAAGGUGGAUGUGACUGAGACACUGCGAAUUGAAAAUCACCAAAAGCUGCGGGUGUUCAGGGUCACCUUCCAUUUCCUGCCCCCAGAACGCUACUCUGAUGAUAAGCUGUUGUCACCACAGCAGAUCCUCCACUACAUGGAAACAAGGUUCUUCCGUCUCCUCCUCGAAGCCAUAAAGAAGCAUUCUGCCAAGCUGUCCUCCAUUGCUGUAGAGACGAGGAGGGCCACCGCCAGAGAUAGGGAUGAUGACGGUGAUGGAGGAGCUGCCACGGGAGGGUUAGACGACGGGGGGGAGGAGGCGGAGGAGCGAGAGGUUGUUGAUGACCAGGAGAACGAAGGAGAUGCUGACGCUUCAGAUGCCAAGAGGAAAGACAAACAGGAAGAGGAGGUGGACUAUGAAAGCGAGGAGGACAACGACUGUGACGACGCCGAGGAUAAAGAGGAUCAGGGGGAGGAAGAGGCGGCGGAGACUGCAGAGACGGACUUUAUGGAGGAGCAACAGCCGGAGCCCCAGCAGGAGCCUAAAGAGAGGAGGAAGAAAGGAGCAAAGAGCGUGGAAGCGGCAGAGUCGACGAGUCAGAUGAGAGUGAACACUGUUCUGCAGUCAAACUCAGCCAUUGAGAGAUACUGCUAUGACUACCAGCAUGAGCUCUGGUGUGAGGUUGAUCUGGCGUUGCCUGUGAGCAAGGUGCACUUCGAUCUGACCUCGGUGCUGUCGUCACUGGCCCAUAACGCAGUCAUCAUGGAGACCAAGGGCCUGACGCGCUGCCUGCUGAGUGAAACGACAACAAAGGCUGGGGAAAAAGAGACCGUUCUCAACACAGAGGGGAUCAACAUGCACGAAAUCUUCAAGUACAGCGAUAUCUUGGACAUCAACAGACUGUACUCCAAUGAGGUGCAUGCCAUGGCUAAGACAUAUGGAAUUGAAGUGGCUCUGAAGGUUAUAGAGAAAGAGAUCAAAAAUGUCUUUGCUGUCUAUGGUAUCGAAGUUGACCCCAGACAUCUGUCGCUGGUUGCGGACUACAUGUGUUUCGAAGGCGUGUAUAAGCCACUGAACAGGCACGCGAUCAGGUCCAACUCCUCUCCUCUGCAGCAAAUGACCUUUGAGACCAGCUACAAAUUCCUCAAGCAGGCUACCAUGCUGGGAUCACAUGAUCAGCUGGUGUCGCCCUCAGCCUGCCUGGUGGUGGGGAAAGUAGUGAGAGGAGGAACAGGACUCUUUGAACUGAAACAACCUCUGCAGUAGAGAGAUCCCUAUACUGGUUAGAACAGCUGCUCCAGUCUGUAAGGCUCCUUUCACGCUUAGAGAGCACGUCAAUAAAUAUGCGUUUUAUCUGCUUUUACCAAAGGAAAUAGCGGAAUUUGGACGUGUUCCCGGCUGUGAUGUGACAUUUAAAGAAAAAA